AUGUCUCGGCGACGUAUGUACUGGGAAAAGGCCCCUGAUACAAAUAAUGGUUUAGUGUCCAAUGCUAUGAGGCGAAAUAGAUUUGACGAUAUAUUUCAUAAUCUUCACUUUUCAAACAACAACAACUUGGAUAAUUCUGAUAAAUAUGCAAAAAUAAGACCGUUGAUUACUACGAUAAAUACUAGAUUCCUAAUGCACGCUCCUCACGAAGAAUUUCAUAGCAUAGAUGAAUCCAUGGUGCCAUAUUAUGGAUAUGCAUUAUGGAUAUCUCCUUACCAAGGAAAAAAUACCGGGUUCAACCAAACAGAUGUCGGAUUAGGAGGAUCUGUUAUUUUAGCUUAUGCUAACCAAAUUAUAAACCAUCGACCUGCUCCAUAUCAUUUUGUGUUUGACAAUUUUUUUACGGGUGUCACUCUUUUGGAAAAGCUCAAAUCUAUCAACAGUCGCGCGACAGGUACAAUUCGGUCAAACAGAGUUAUGAAAUGUCCAAUUGAUUUUAGAAAAAUGAAAAAACAACCAAGAGGGUCUAGCUGUAGUUUUGUUUCAAAUAAUGCAAUUUUUAUUUGCUGUUGGCGUGAUAAUAACAUUGUUUGCUUAGCUUCAAAUACUAUUGGGACAGAUCCUAUUUCUAUGGCAAACCGUUGGUCUACUUCCGAAAAAAAAAGAUUACGGAUUUCACAACCAAAUAUCGUUUCUGAUAAUAACAAAAAUAUGGGUGGUGUAGAUCGAAUGGACCAAAAUAUAUCACAAUAUCGUAUUGGGAUCAGAGGUAAAAAAUGGUACUCUUCUAUUGUUCUAUAUAUUAUAGACUUAGCCGUUCAAAAUGCAUGGCAACUUCAUAGGAUGUAUAAUAAAAAUAAAAUGGAUCAAUUGGCAUUUCGAAGAAGCAUAGUUAUUUCAUAUCUGACACGUUACAAGACAGAACUCACUCCAGGAAGAAGUGGAGGCAAACCAUCCAGUGUUAUUAUGGAAAUAAGAUAUGACAAAUUUGAACAUUAUUUGAUUCCCCAAGACUCUCAAACACGGUGUGGUUAA